UCACGUGCAGGCGGGGGAGGUGACGACGCUCGAGUAGGCCAUGACGGAGUCGUCAUCGGCCAGCGCCACCACCUGGAAAAACAGGCACUGCGAGCGGCCCGCAUCGACAGCCACCCAGUGCUCAAACCGCGUCCUCGUCACCGUUUCAAGAUACUCGCCGACAUUGUCGGCGACCAACCCCUGCAUGACCCGCCACUUGGCCACAUUGGUGGCGCCGUUCCAGCUGAAGUGCAGCUGCAACAGGCCAUCCGUGUUGUCGUCGUCGAGCAGUGCGACGGGCUGCCACGUGGGCCGGCCCGUCCAGGGGGCCUUGACGCUCCGAUAGCUGUGAUAGGGGCCAUCCCACCUCAGACUCACCAACCAGCUUCCGGAUGGGCUCGUCUGAUCCACACAGGCGUGCAAAGGAGACGGAGGAAUCACGACACAGAUGCAAUAGACGGCAAUGGAUGCAAUGCAACUCGUCUCUAUUGUCUAUGAACGGACAUACCUCCGCAUAGAAUGGGUUGCCGACGACGUUUUCCUCCUGCAUUGAUGUGAAGACGCGUGUGCAUCGUCGUUGUCUUUUCGUGACAGCGGGUCUGACCUGUAUUUGCUGGUCGUUGGGAUUGAACUCGUCUGGGACGUCGAAGCCCAAGCACACGGCUCUGUUGCCGUUGUCGAGGCGGCGGUAGCUGCCCUUGGCGUAGGCGCGCAUGCCGCUGUCCCACAUGCUCUCGACGCGGGCGACCGUCGGCGUGCCGUCGCCAUCGAAUUCCAGCGCGUAGUCCAU